AUGACUACUGGUUCGGCCAGAGAAGCGGAGGUUGAAUCGUUCACCCCACGCGGCGUUCAGUUUGCUACCGAAGUUCAUCACCAGGAAAGCCCUAUGAAUGGGAUGGCACGAGCACAGCUAUCACAGCUUGAUGGCUCUAACUUGGAAGAUUCUCAACACGCCCCAUAUAUGCGGUCCCAGUACGAUGAUCUGGAUGGCGAGGAGGAUAUGAUUCCUGGAGAUGAGGAUGCUGUUUCUCCGAUUCGCAACGGCUCAUUCGCGUCCUGGAACACUAGCACCAGGCCUCGGGGAGGAAGUAAUUCCCUACCUUACGCUAAUAGUGUUGACAAUACUGGAAGAUUGUCUCCGGAAAGUGUUCCCACUCCCGCUACUCGUCUCCAGCGACCAUCUGGCCCAAUACGAACACCAUCUAAUACCUAUGCUCCUGUACGACAUCCAAUAAGCCACCUUAACACCCAGUCGCGAAAUCGAACGCCUGCUACCAAUCCUUCUCGGCGUGGUGACCCUAGUGCUUUAUACAAAUCGCAGGAGAAGGCAUAUGUCCAACGACUUCGUCAGGACCCUAAUAGCGACUAUUUCAACUCCUCGUCAAAUAUAUUGACCUAUCCUGUUGACCUGGAUAUGAUGGAUGACGAGUCACCAUCUUCAGAAGUUCAUUUCGACAAUGAUAUAUACGAUGGGGACACCUUAUUAUUAUAUGGUCACGAUGAGAUGGAACCCUCGGCAGAAGAGCUUAAAAUUCCAGAAAACAGAGAGCGGUUGGAAUGGCAUUCGAUGUUGGCCUCAGUGUUGAUGGGAGAUGUGGUAAAGCAGGAGAAGAAACGAUUAAUUGGAAAUACAGAGGAGAAGGAAGGCCUAACUAUGAAGACGGAGCUUUUUGUUGGAAUCCGAGCAAAGAUCUGUGGUCGAUCAAUUCCGGCUCAAAGGAGGAUACUUGAUGAAGGACGGACCAAAGUGGACGAUUUGAUAGACAAGAUAAUACGAUUCGAAAUCCAGGGCAAAGACAAGACUCAAAUGCUUCCACGGGCACAAGUGCAAGAUAUAAUUGAAAAGUGGGAAAAGUGUGAGCAAUUGUGGCCAACGAGGACUGCUAUGAUAGAAGAAAAGCCUGCAUCCGGAUCCCCGGCGUUUGCUGCCAGCUGGGAUGCAAUUGUUUCCUGGCAUAAUAUCACGGAACUCAUUAAUACCGAGCUCAAGAUCCUUCAAAACUGGGUCGGAAACGAUGACCUUGAUUUCGGUCGCCAAAAUGUUAUUUCAACUAGCGAUGCUAAUGGUAUCGAUCGGGAAGCUUCAUUUCUUGAUCGCAUCUUGAAGGAGGAUAAUCUGAAAUCACUGAUUGGUGAUAGUAAUAUGCUCAUUGGACUGAGCUCUGUCAUCGGAAAGGCAAAGAAAACUUUGAUAGAGUAUGCAGAUGCUUUCGAGAAGCGACAUCUUCCGCCAUAUGUCGAAGAACUGCUUGUUCUAAUCGGUUUCCCUACGCGGCUCAUUGAAGAGGUCAUUGGGAUGCGUUUGAAAUACGCCGAACGGAUGAGAGAGCCAGUAUCUAUGAUGACAGAUCAGCUAAUAAUGCAGUUUCAGUCUGUCCUGCAACUGGCAGUGAAGAUCAAGCAAGAGUAUACCGUCAUUUCCGAGCCCGAGCCUGGGUGGGACUUGCCACCUUGCAUGGAUGAAAAUUUUGAGCAAGUCGUGCUACAAGGGUUGAGAUACUAUUUCAAGCUCAUAGGUUGGAGGAUCGGAUCGAACAAGAAUACGUUCAAAGAAGCCGAAAUUCUUGAGACCGAAUGGCAUUUUUCGAACGAGAUUGGUCGUUUUAUUGAGGGAGGAGAUGUUGAGGUUGCCGAGCAGUUUAGUUCUCUAACGAGCAAGCUUUUGAGUCGUUUGAUGGGCCAUUUCGAGAAAGAGCUUCAAAAACCACCAGAAAACAGGGGCGAGGACAUUAGUAAACGCUACAAGCAGACUUUAGACUCAGUCCGCGUUCGCCAGAGAAAGUUAUUUCGAUUUGCAAGGCUUCUGAGCCAGCGGUUUGAGAACGCAACAGAAUAUAGUGUUGAAAGAUUCAAACUAAGAAGACUUGUGGAUUCGUUGAUUGAGUCAGGCCACUUCUUGGUUUAUACAGCGAGUGUUGAGCACGAAGGAGUAUAUCUAGUGGCCGAUCCAUCUCUAUAUGAUCGAUCUCAUCAAAUUCAGUCCAUCCUUCGAACAUGUUUUCACGAUGACGUCGUUAGAGACGACCCGUCAUGCCCCUAUAUUUUAGUUAUCUAUCCCCAGGAUGAGCUGCAAUGGGAUGGCCGCAUACUGAGUGUCGAUAUGAAAGAGCCAAUUGUCGAUAUCAAGCCUGGAAGAAUUCGAUUGGUCGCCGAUGGUUCUCAGGCUAGGCUUGCGAACGCUCGCAUUGCUUUCGAUCACUCUACGGGCCACAACCUCGAUAUAUUGAUAGAACAACGAGCCAAUCUUCCCCGGGUUAACCAGGAGUUGAUGAAAAUCAAAAAGACCACUUACCGGCUCUCCAACACCAUUAUGGACAGUGUGGAGAAAAUUCGACGACAAACCAUGGGCCUGGGGUGUCAGGAGCUCAUUCAAACUUGUUUUGCAUUCGCGACUGAGUUCGGUCAGCGUUCUGUUCUUUACAUGGAUAACAACCGAAAGGCCAUGAACAAUCUCAAGCUCACUCGUCUUGCAAUUGACUGGGUUAGCUUCAUCUGUGAUGACUGUGUUGCUUCUAACCGUAUGACCUUUCGAUGGGCAGUGAAGGCUCUCGAGUUUGCGAUGGUCAUGACUCGUGGCCAAAACAUAUUGUCUUUUAGCGAGUCAGAGUACGAAAGAUUACGCUCUAAGGUUGGCGGGUGUAUGUCACUGCUCAUCUCGCAUUUUGAUAUCAUGGGUGCUCGAUCAACGCUUGCCGCCCAGGCCGAAAAACAGCGAAUGGAGGUUUUGGCAGGCUCCUUGAAGGGUGUAGACCUUGGAAAAAUGAUGGAAGAUAACGAGGCAGCUGAACGUGUGCGGGGAGAGUGGCUGCGGCAACUCACGGAGAUCGAUGAUGUCCGUAAGAAUCUCAUGCGUGAACGACAAGCUUUAGGAAGGGUUCUCGACGAUAGCAAUCAAACGGACAGAUCACUAACAUCACUUUCAAAAUCGUCGUUUUCUAACGUAUCCUUACGUUGGCAACAGGGUCAGUUUGUUGGUGGAGGCACAUUUGGUACGGUAUAUGCGGCGAUGAAUCUGGACUCGGGUUACUUGAUGGCCGUAAAAGAAAUUCGGCUUCAAGACCCUCAGAUGAUUCCGCAGAUUGCCAACGCAAUUCGCGAGGAGAUGCAAGUCCUAGAAUUAUUGGACCACCCAAAUAUCGUCCAAUAUUUUGGAAUCGAGGUUCAUCGUGAUAAGGUGUGCCUUUUUAUGGAAUAUUGUUCCGGCGGUUCUCUUGCAGGGCUCCUUGAGCACGGCAGGAUUGAGGACGAAACAGUUAUCAUGAUCUACGCCCUUCAGAUGUUGGAAGGUCUUGCGUAUCUACACGAAAAUGGGAUCAUACACCGUGAUAUCAAGCCCGAAAACAUUUUGUUGGAUCACAACGGCAUCAUCAAGUAUGUUGACUUUGGCGCCGCCAAAGUGAUCGCAAGGCAAGGAAAGACUCGAGGAGCAGGGACUGCAGCCUUGAAAACAAAGCUGAACAGUAUGACUGGUACACCAAUGUACAUGUCUCCUGAAGUUAUCACGGGGACCGACAAAGGCCGACAUGGCAGUAUUGACAUAUGGUCUCUAGGUUGUGUUGUCCUCGAGAUGGCGACUGGCCGUAGACCGUGGGCGAACCUUGACAAUGAAUGGGCCAUCAUGUGGAACAUUGCUGGCGGUUCAGCGCCUCAACUGCCAGCCUCGGAUCAACUUAGUGAGCCCGGGAUUGACUUUCUGAAGAAGUGCUUUGAGAAAGAUCCUGCUGUUCGACCAUCAGCUGCCGAGCUUCUUCAACAUGAAUGGAUUCUUACCAUUCGCAACCAAGUGAUUGAGCCUUCUACACCAGCCUGA